AUGGAGCUCCUAACGCCGUCGCCGAUCUCACUGGCCAUUGCUCGCGACGUUACCACCGUCAAAGUGCUCCUGCCGGACGGCCGCACCAGGGUCGACGUUCCUUGCCUCGACCCGGACGCAACACCUGCGGAGCGCAAGCGGGUGGUGCUCGAGCACCUCCGCGGCGAGUUGCGGCUGCCGCUGCCGCCAUGGACGGAGGUGCGUUUCGCCCAGAAACCCGGAUCCGCCGUGACUCUGCUCGCGGGCGGGCUGCGCGGCGGCGGCGGUCCCGCAAUUUUGUUGGAGAAGCGGCUCCCGCAGCUGUGCUGGCUGAAGGUGCUGUGCGGCAAGUGCGGCAUCAAAGACGCUGUGCCGAUGCUGCAGACAGAGGACUGGCUGUUCUACCAGCGGGUGCUCUGGCUGGAGAUAGUGUGCGGCACCCUCGAGACAGACUACUUGCAGCUCCUCCCGUUCAAGGUUCGGUUCAGCGGCGCGGUGAAGGGCGCGGAGUGCGUCACAAAGGUGGCGCAGUGCGCGAAGGUCCACCUGGUGUUCUGCGGCGCGCGCCUCGCGAUGGAUGAGUUUGCGGACGCCGCGAAGGACGACUGGCUGAAGGGGCACUGGCUGUGCUUCGAGCACUCGCUCGGCCUCAAGGAGUGGAGGGAGCAGCAGGUCUGCUGCGUCAAGUGUGCGCUGCCGUGA